GUUAGUGGUCACUGGUUGUUUCAAAUUAGAUAUUUAACAAAUUAAGGAACUUUUUUUUCUAAUAAUUGAUAUAUUCUUAUAUUUCUUAUUUAUUAUAAUAUUUUUCAUAAAGAUACCAUCAUACAGUUGGAAUGUUCCAAAGAAAUCCUACACUCCACGACCAAGUUCUAUAAUGACUUUUCGGGAUCGACUCCGUUCUCUUACAUUCCCACAGAACAAUAUUUCUACUAUUGAUCAAAAACUCAUGAAAGAAGUGGACGACUUAUAUACAGUUGUACAAGCUCACCGUGAUCAAUACAAGGAUCACUCAUCAAAACUUCAUCCAUUAGAGUUCUUCAAAACAGAUAAGUACAAAUAUCAAUGCGCAUCAUCGUUGAUACCGUCGUAUUUAAAAAGGUAUCCGACGUCAUAUACAAAAUACAAAAUACCUUCAGUCCUUCCAUUGACUUAUGAAAGAAAAAUAGAAACUCCUUGCAUACCCGAUUUGGUGCUCUCUGGCAUUUACGAUCGUUCAAAUUGUAUCGUAUAUAAGCGCUAA